GUCCCCGGGUGCGGAAGGUCAAGAAGCGGAAGCCGCCCGAGGAGAAGCGGCCGCGCACGGCCUUCACGUCCGAGCAGCUGGCGCGGCUCAAGGUGGAGUUCCAGGAGAACCGCUACCUCACCGAGAAGCGCCGCCAGGACCUGGCCAACGAGCUCGGACUCAACGAGUCCCAGAUCAAAAUCUGGUUCCAGAACAAGCGCGCCAAGAUCAAGAAGUCGAUGGGCCUGCGGAACCCGCUGGCGCUCUCGCUGAUGUCCGAGGGGCUCUACAACCACGCCACUGUUCCCGUUGACGACGAGGACUGAGGCGUCGGCCGGAACCCGCGCCAGCCUUCGGCAGCCGCACGUAGGCGCGGCUGUGGUCUCACUCUCAUAGAGUUCGCCCCCGCUGUGCGAGUCUGUAUCUGGCUGAAAGGCAUUAGGAUGUGAAUUCAGUCGGACGGUUUAGCUGGUCUGGUUCAUGUAAGCAGCGACUCUCACUAGAUACCCAAUGUUCUGGCUCAGUAUUUGUCAGGCUCAACAUCGGUCGCACUGGACGCCGCUACAGUUAGUGCUCAGAGUCGCUCGCGAAAGUUCGGACAUGCGCGUGCAUUCUGAUAGGAUGAGCUCAUUUAGCAGAGGGCGUGCUGCAGCCAGGUGGCUGGGAGGCGUCUGGGAGUCAACCACCGCUGCUGCGGCGCGGCGGCCGACCGACACUCGACUCCAUCGAAUAGUCGAGUGGCCGCUGCCGCCACCUGCAGCUCUUGCCAAAGCAGUGUGACUGGAGGUCGGCGCAGGCGGAGGUGCCCUCAGUGGCGUGGAGAGUGGCUCAGUCGCCGCCGACGCCACAGGGAUGGGAGAGUCAGCUCGUCAGAGCUCUGGCUCUGCGGCGCAGACGGCGGCGUGGUGUCCUCCACGGGCCUCGCAGUAGGGAGAGCUAGUUCAGUAGCAGAGGCGUAGCCGCCGGAGCAUCACACUAGUCUGUGCAUUUUGAUUGUUAUUGCGGUAUUGUUUUAAUUAUUUAUUGACUGCUGAGGUGGAGACUGGUUCGGUGCGCAGCCUGCCUUCAGUGGGAGUGGUCUGGGUGUAUGCACGGCCGGCCGGCCGCGGUCUGCGCUGAGAGGGACUGGUCUGGACAUGUGUGUACCGCCGGCCGGGAUCUAGACGCGGCCGUAGAACCUAUUGGGACAGAAAAGGCGCGCGCUAUGUGCGACGUCAUCAUAUUAUUUCGCGUCGAGCGGACUGCGGACUGACGUAUAGAGCAGGCUGCAAUCCUACGAGAGCUGACCGGGUGCGAGUGUACCGAAUACAUCGACUGCAGUGGAGCGGAGCCGGCGGGAGCCUGCAGUGCCGCCGCUCUCUCUGAAGCCGACCGCUCCUGACAUUGGUGUGAAUUGUAAUAUAAACGCUCUCAAUUUGUGUACACAUGUUACCAAGAUUAUAGCUGAGUGUCUGUCGGAG